CUUUCUUUUCUUUUACUGUCCAUAUUGCUUUGUGAUACCCCCUUUGAGUUGUUUGUCUAAGACAAACUGCUCAUUUUACGACUGGCCUGAGCUUGUAAAGGCCUGGGACAACUGACCGUUGGACCGAAAACUUUUUAUAUCUACCCGUCAUGGAUCAGCAACGAUUCCUGCAGCAAUUGCAGGUCAUCCUGAACCCCACCCAGGGUAACGUCAAGGAGGCCACCGGAAUCUUGCAAAAGGAGUACUACAACAAGCCCGAGGCCCUUGUUUUCCUUAUUCAAAUCGCCACCAGCCAUGAGGACCAGAACCUGCGUCAGCUCGCUGCUGUAGAGUCGCGUUCGCUCGUUGCCAAGCACUGGGUGAAGGUUUCUGCUGACCAGAAGCCCCAGAUCCGUGAGCAGCUGCUUCGUUCUACCAUGGGCGAGAGCUCUUCUCUCGUCCAGCACUCUAUCGCUCAGAUUAUCUCCGCUGUUGCCAAGAUUGAUUUGAACGACGGCGAGUGGGCUGACCUGCCCAACAUCCUGCUGCAGGCUGGCAACGGUGGCAACCAAGCCGAGCGUGCCGUGGCUAUCUACAUUCUCUUCACCAUCCUGGAUACCAUUGGUGAGGGCUUCGAGGAGAAGUUCUCCGACCUUUUCAGCCUUUUCAACAAGACCAUCCGCGAUCCCGAGAGUGCCGAGGUCCGCAUCAACACUAUGCUCUCCCUGAGCAAGCUUGCUAUGCACCUUGACUCCGAGGAGGAUGAGGCUCCUGUCAAGGCCUUCCAGGAUAUGGUCCCCGCCAUGGUUGCCAUCCUGAAGGACUCCAUUGAUCAGCAAGAGGACGGUCACGUCAUGCAGACUUUCGAGGUCUUCCAGACUCUGCUUGGCUGCGACCCUGCCCUGCUUACCGUACACCUCAAGGACCUGGUCAUGUUCAUGAACCAGAUCUCUGCUAACACUGAGGUUGAUGAGGAUGUCCGCACCCAGGCCAUCAGCUUCCUGAUGACCACUAUCCAAUACCGCAAGCUCAAGGUUCAGGGUAUGCGUAUCGGUGAGGAGCUUACCCGUACUGCUCUUCAGAUCGUUACGGAGCUCGGUGACACCGCCCUUGGUGAUGAUGAUAUCACCCCUGCGCGCUCCGCACUUGGCCUGCUCGACAUGCUCUCCCAGAGCUUGCCUCCCAGCCAGGUCGUUGUUCCCCUGCUCCAGGCCCUUGGGCAAUACUUCAACAACUCCAACCCUGACUACCGUCGCGCCGGUAUCAUGGCCCUUGGCAUGUGUGUAGAGGGUGCCCCUGACUUCAUCAGCACCCAGAUGAAAGAGAUCUUCCCCAUGGUUCUCCAGCUUCUUGCCGACCAGGAGCCCAAGGUCCGUCAGGCCUCCCUGCACGCCGUCGCUCGCCUUGCCGAGGAUCUCGUUGAGGACCUCAGCGCCGAGCACGCUCGCCUCAUGCCCCUGCUUUUCCAGAACCUGGCCAGCGCCAUGCAGGAGUACAACGGUGAGGAGGAAGGCCCCACUGUCGAUAUCAUCAAGGCUGGUAUCAGCGCUAUUGAUGCCGUUGUUGACGGUCUUGACGAGAAGGACGUUGCUCCCUAUCAGUCCGAGCUUGUGCCUAUCCUCCACAAGCUCUUUAAGGCUCCCGACUUCAAGAUCAAGGCCCUUGCUGCCGGUGCUCUUGGAUCGCUUGCCUCCUCUGCCGGUGACUCCUUCCUCUCCUUCUUCGACGAGUCCAUGCACCUUCUGCAGGAGUUCGCUACCGUCAAGGACAGCGAGGACGAGCUCGACCUCCGUGCCAGUGUCACCGACUCUAUGGGUGAGAUGGCCGCCGCUGCUGGCCCCGAGCGCUACCAGCCGUACGUUGAGCCUCUCAUGCGCGCUACUGAGGAGGCUCUGCACCUUGGUCAUUCCCGUCUCAAGGAGAGUACCUACAUCUUCUGGGGUGCUAUGGCUAAGGUCUACGGCGAGCACUUCUCUCCUUUCCUUGAGGGUGUUGUGAAGGGUCUGUUCGAUUGCAUUGAACAGGAUGAGGACGACCUUGACGUCGACCUCGGCACUUCCGCCAAGGAUCUCGUUGGCCAGGAAGUCACCUUCAACGGCCGCAAGGUCAAGGUCGCAAGCGCUGAUGACGAGGAUGACGGUGAGAUCGAGGAUGUCGAUCUUGAGGAUGAGGAUGACUGGGAUGAUAUCACCGCCACUACACCCAUGUCCCUCGAGAAAGAGAUUGCUGUUGAGGUCAUCGGUGACCUUGUCACCCACACUCGUAGCUCCUUCCUGCCUUACUUUGAGAAGACCAUCGAGACUGUCAUGCCCCUUGCUGAGCACCCUUACGAGGGUGUCCGCAAGAGCACCAUCAGCACUCUGCACCGCUCUUACGCUAUGCUCUUCACAAUCGCCGAGGAGACUGGCCAGAUGCCCAAGUGGCAGCCUGGCUUGCCCCUUCAGGUCCAGCCUGCCAAGGAGGUCCAGAAGUUCGGCGAGAUCCUCAUGACUGCCACCGUCAAGAUGUGGACCGAAGAGGACGACCGUGCUACUGUCGCGGAUAUCAACCGCAACAUGGCUGAGAAUCUCCGCUUCUGCGGUCCCGCUCUCAUUGCCAACGAGACCAUGCUUCACAACGUGAUCCAGAUGGUGACCGACAUCAUCACCAAGCAGCACCCUUGCCAGCUUGAGUUCGGUCCCGAGGAGGAGACCCUUGAGGCUGGCGAAGAGACCUCCGAGUUCGACUGGGUUGUCGUCGACACUGCCCUGGAUGUUGUUUCCGGCAUGGCCGCCGCCAUGGGUCAGAGCUUCGCUGAGCUCUGGAAGGUAUUCGAGAAGACUAUCCUCCGCUACGCUGGUAGUACCGAGUCUCUCGAGCGCGCCACCGCUGUCGGUGUUCUCGCUGAGUGCAUCAACGGCAUGGGUGCCGCCGUGACUCCUUUCACUGGUACUUUCCUGAAGCUGCUACUUCACCGUCUGGCCGACGAGGAUCCUCAGACCAAGUCCAACGCUGCUUACGCCGUUGGUCGUCUCGUCCAGCACUCCAACGCGGAUGCCGAGAUCACCAAGGAGUUCCCCACCAUCCUCAGCCGUCUCGGUGGCUGCCUCGAGAUGGAUGUUUCCCGUCUGCAGGACAACGCCACUGGCUGUGUCAGCCGCAUGAUCCUUCGCCACCGUGACAGCGUGCCCACCAAGGAGGUUCUCCCUGCUCUCGUCAAUAUUCUUCCCCUGAAGAACGACUUCGAGGAGAACGAGCCCCUCUACCGCAUGAUCUGCCAGAUGUACAAGUGGGAGGAUGCCACCAUCCGUGAACUCACCCCCAACCUGCUCCCCGUCUUCCAGGCUGUCCUGACUGGUGACGAGGACCAGCUAGAGGAUGAGCGUCGCGCCGAGCUCAUUGAGCUUGUCAAGUGGCUCAACCAGAUGCAGGCUGGUGCCGCCCCCUGGGUGGAGCAGCUGUAAAGGCUGCCUGCUUCUGUUAUGGAUUGAUGAACAAAAAGGAUAUUUAAUGGAUAGACGGAUAUGGCUUGGAAGCCCAAGAUGACUAGACGAUACCCCGGUCACUGUGGCGAUGAUUGAUGAACACCUCAAAAGUUGCUGCUGUACAUACUGUCAAUGACUGCAUGCUUUGAUUCUAC